CGCAUAAAGAGCUCAACAAAAUGACAUUUUUACUAUUUAAGUGACUCGAAUGUUUUCCACCUUAGAAAUAUGGAUAGAAUAUUUGAUUAAAAUUUAGAAAAUUUAAUUUUGUGAUCCAGCAGCAUAAACGAGACAAAGAGUAAUAUUUCUCAUAGGUCAAACGAUUUCACCUUCCUCAGAUGACGGAGAAAAGCGGGGACGGCGAGGGCAGCGGUGGGGGUGAUGGUGGUCCAGCAGAGGAGGAGAAGAAUAAUAAUAAUGCUGAUGGUGGUGUUCCACCAGAGGAAGAGAAGGAGAAAGAGAAGAAUGGAGAUCCAGAACUGCUGAUCUGCUUGCUUCAACCUGCUCCCGCCGACUCCGAUCCCGACUACAUUGGCAUCCGUCGCCUUCUCCUCUCUCGCAAGCCCCAGUCCCCAUUUCAUCGCCGCCGAGAUUGGAGAUGCAAUGGAAAAGGGUACGUCGCGUUUCGAAAUUACAUCCGGCGGCCGAGGAAUUGGGAGAGGAUGCAGACUCCGAGCCUCCAGACCACUCCCGGAAACAGUGGGCGAUGGAUUCUGCCUACAAGUCCACUGUCCCUUUUGUACGACGUCGAAAGCUGGAGUCCUGGCAGGGACGUCCAGAGUGGCAGUCAACCUUCACCUCGCAGAAGUUUUGGCUACAGUAUAAGUGAUAGCGACCGCCCACGUCCUCGGCGGGCAGAACCUGCAUACUCGUUUGUAGGAAUGCAUUGCAUCUUUGAUCAGUGCAAAGCCUCUGUUACGGUUUUGAAGUUUGGGCACAUGAGUUCUGAUCUGCUUGCAUAUGGAGCAUCAGAUGGAACCUUGACAGUAUGCACUGUUUCUGAUCCACCUUCAAUCCUCAAGAAUCUGCAUGGUCACUCCAAAGAUGUUACAGACUUUGAUUUUUCGUCGAACAAUCAAUACAUUGCAUCCUCAUCAAUGGAUAAAACUGUACGAGUGUGGGAGAUUUCAAAAGGCCUUUGUAUUCGAGUAAUAUAUGGAGUGUCUCCACAACUGUGUAUCCGUUUUCACCCUGUAAAUAAUAACUUUCUUUCAGCUGGCAAUGCAGACAAAGAAGUUACGGUUUUCAAUUUCAGCACUGGGAGGGUCAUUCAUAAAAUAUUCUUUGACAGUGAGGUUACCUCCAUGGAUUAUGCUCACACUGGACAGCUCAUUUUCUGUGGUGAUGCGACGGGCUGUAUAUAUUCUAUAAGCAUGAAUUCUCACACAGGAAUGUUGUCUCGCUCUCAUCGUCACCGAAGUAGCACAAGGCGGAAAUCUGCAGUCAUAACUGUGCAGUACCGAAGUUUUUCUCUGCUGGCUCGGGGCCCUGUCUUGCUUACGUGUACUCAAGAUGGAAGUUUAUCUUUCUUCAGUGUUGCUCUGGAAAUACAGGGUUAUUUGACUCUCCGUUGCUCACUGAAACUAAAUCCACGAAUAUACAGCAUCCGGGCUUCCUUCUGUCCGCUGCUUUCCCUUGAAAAAGGAGAAUAUAUAGUUUCCGGAAGUGAAGAUUCCAAUGUCUACUUCUACGAUUUAACUCGGCCAAAGCAUACUUGUGUAAACAAGCUACAGGGUCAUCGAUUUCCGGUUAUUGGUGUUGCUUGGAACCAUGGAGAGAACUUGUUAGCAUCAUCUGAUUUCUACGGAACGGUUAUUGUAUGGAAGAGAUCAAAGACAGGUUAAAACAAACAUAUACAAAGAGAUACAAGUUUCAACUCACACUCUCGCCAUAGCGGGCUAUAAUUCUUCCAUUUUCCCCAAAAAUGAGGUAUUAAACGUUAUAACGUCUCGUAUAAUGUACUAUUAACCGUAUCAAUCACGUACGGAAUAGAGUGGCAUUACUUGUACAAGUGUUUGUAUCUUUUUUGCCAAUGUAAUAUGAAGCCACCAACUUGUUUUGAAUAAAGAGAGCUAUGCAAAUGAGAUGCAUGUUUUUUGUAGUUGAUAUAAUAAAGCUUAGUUUUCUUCUUA